AAACAAGGGAUUCAAUUAUAAAUAAAGAUUCCUACACAUAAAAUUAGUCAUCAACUUAAUGUGCCCUCUUUGGGGAUUGUAAUAGAGAUCCAUCUGGAUUCAUCAACUUCAAUCUAAACAUUUCUUCACAAAAAAAGAAAUCUUUAACAUCAAUAUUUAUGGAACAUGUCCACAAAAAAAUCUAGCUUUCUACACUGAAUAUUGCAUUGUUGCAUUUCUUUUCACACUUACAUUCAUAUUUUGUUGAAGUAUUAUUCAAUAAAUAUAUUUAUGAGGGAUUUUUGAAUUGUUGCUGUUUUUAGAAUAUUUAAAAAAAAAUCUCACGUACUCCUUGGCAUACCUUCAAGUACCCCCAGGGGUACGCGUAUUCCCAUUUGAGAACCACUGUAGUAGAGAACAUCGACGAUAAGGUUCGCAACUUUUGGUGCUGAUUAAAAAGCCCUGCCUUUACCGGAAGUCACAGACGAUGACGUCACAAGGGUGAGGGCUCCUCACGUCCUCACAUUGUUUAUAAUGGGAGCCUCCAACCAAAAGAGCUAUUCGGACCGAGAAAACGACAAUUUCCCCAUUAAUUUGAGCGAGGAUGAAAGAUCCGUGGAUGAUGAUAUUGAUAGCGAAGGACUAGAAAAAUAAAUAAACAAAUAAAUAAAAUAAAUAAAAUAAAAAGCGACGGCUCCGGGCGGCGGUGUGUGAGCGUUUCAGAUGUAAUUAGACACAUUUACUAGGAUAAUUCUGGAAGAUCCCUUAUCUUCUUAUUGUUUUAAUAGUGUUUUAGUGAGAUUGUAAAGACAUACCUCGAGGUCGGAUGGCUGCGGUGAACACGCCAGUGUCUCAGAGAGAAGUCGAGCUCACAGCUGCCUUUUAAACAGCUACUGCAGGAGGACGAAUAAUCCAAUGAUGUCUCCGGUAAGAUAUAUAUCACAAUUUUCCCAUCCAAAAACAUGCUGGUUGACGUAGAGAAACAUGUUCGCUUGACCGCUCUGUGUUAAAACAAAUGAAACACUGGCUGUGUCUCGGUGCUAAAGACAGCUGCAAUACACCGCUUUCCACCAACAGCAUUGUUCUUUAUAGUCUCCAUUAUUAAUUGAACAAAUUGCAAAAGAUUCAGCAACACAGAUGUCCAAAAUACUGUGUAAUUAUGCGAUUAAACCAGACGACUUUUAGCCGUGUGUGGUGCUGCGGUAAUAUUUCCUGACAGUUCGUGACGUCAGGCGCACGCGUCAUCAUUCCGCGACGUUUUCAACAGGAUACCUCGCGGGAAACUUAAAAUUGCAAUUUAGUAAACUAAAAAGGCCGUAUUGGCAUGUGUUGCAAUGUUAAUAUUUCAUCAUUGAUAUAUAAACUAUCAGACUGCGUGGUGGGUAGUAGUGGGUUUCAGUAGGCCUUUAAACACUAUUCUGUUUAUUUAGUUAAUAUGGCAUUAUUUAUAACAUUUAGGCAUUGCAUUUAUUUGAUACAUUUAUGUAACCCAUUUAUUUAGUUGUUUGUACAUUUAGGCAUUGCAUUUAUUUAGUUAUUGUUACAUUUAUUUAAUCCAUUCAUGUUUCCCAUUUAUUUUGUUAUUUUUAAAAUUGAUUUAUACCAUUUAUGCAUUUAUUAUUCCUUUUAUACAUUGAUUAUUUAAUGUAUGGAGUCAUAUUUAUUACAUUAUUUAUUAUUAAAUUAUUUAAUUUAUUUAUGUACAAUAUUUAUUUAUUAUUACAUGUAUUUAUUUCAUUUAUGUAUUUUUCAUUCCAUUUAUUGAAAUAUUAGUCCAUCUCAGGGGUCGGGAACCUUUUUGGCUGAGGGAGCCAAGAAAGCCAAAUUUUUGAAAAUGUAUUUCCGUGAGAGCCCUAUGAUAUUUUUUUAACACUGAAUACAACUAAAUGCAUGCAUUUUAAGGUAAGAACAACAUUUUUAGAGUAUAAUAGGUCUCUUUUUCUUCUUGAUAACAUGUUUAUUCUGAAGCUAACCAAUAAUAAAUACAAUUAUUCUUCCCAUUAAUGCGACUUCUUGAACAGGUACAGUAGAAAACAAUAAAUGCAUGAGAAUGUUUUGUAAAUUGAACAUUAUUUUUAACACUGAGAUUACAGUGUAGUUAUUAAUUAUUCAUCGUGUGAAGUAAUGUCAGCUAAGAUUUAUCUGAGAGCCAGAUGCAGUCAUCAAAAGAGCCACAUAUGGCUCGAAAGCCAUAGGUUCCCUACCCCUGGUCCAUGUAUUUAUUCCAAAGACUCUUCCAUAUCAAUGACAGACCUGGCUAACAAGUACACUUGUCAUAUUUAUGAACACGACGCUGACCCAGGUUCUACUUGUACAAACUGCCGAGUAACAAAAGCAGGAAGUUCUCCCGUGGAGGUCUGACAUAUCUGCUGAUGGACGAGGGCAGCUCAGGCUGGAAUAGCGGCAAGUGGAGCGUGAACGACACUUCAGGAGCACUGGGCAUGACUCUGGGACAACUGUACUCGCAGGGAAAGAACUACACAGACGUGGCCUACGUCCUUUAUAAUGACCAAAAGCCAACAGGGGGUGCUGGAGACAAAUAUGCUGGCAGAAAAGGCCACACGAAAGGUGUGGUCCUGCUCGAUCACAAUCAAGGCUUCUGGUUAGUCCACAGCACCCCAGCCUUCCCCCCUGUCCGUGACGCCGGACAGUACAGCUACCCUCACAGCGGGGCCAAGAACGGCCAGAACUUCCUCUGCGUCACUUUCCCACUGGAACAGUUCCACACUAUUGGUAAAAAACACAUAAUUUGA